GAAGUUAAGGAGGUGCGACUGGAAGUUGGUCCACUUUGAUAUGACGGUUCUCUUUUACUAGCUUAUUUGCAAUGGCUGUGGAUAUUACAUUAUUGUUCAAAGCUAGUGUCAAAACUGUGAAAACGCGUAAUAAAGCAAUAGGUCUUGCUUUUGAAUCACAGAAAGAGGAAAUACUCAAGAGAAGUCGCCCCAUCAAUGGAUUUUCAUCCAAAGCUAAGGAGGUGAUUUCAAAUAUCACAAAACUGAAAGACUUCCUGCUGCAACACAGAAAGGACUAUGUGAACCUGGGCAGCCUUAUCUCAUCAGAUUUAACCCGCAUGACAGACACUGAGAGGGAUCAGAUUGAUCAAGAUGCUCAGAUCUUUAUAAGGACCUGUUCUGAUGCUAUUAAACAGCUACGAAUGGAGGCUGAGAGACAAGUCAUUUCACUACAGAUUAAGGAGCAUCAUGGUGCCAUGCUAGACCUUGUAGAAGUGUACCUGAAAGGUGUGUGCAAACUGUAUUCAGAACAGAGGGCUAUACGAGUAAAACGAGUUGUAGACAAGAAGCGACUUUCAAGGCUUGAACCUGAGCACCAAAGUAAGGUGAAGACUCCUCCAGAGCAGACCAUGCAGAAAGCACAGAAAGAGGAUAGCAGUGGUACAGCAGAGAAGACAGUGACCGAAAUGCCAGGAAGCAGUGCACCUUUAUGGGAAGACAGCAAAACAGAUGAUGAGCUUUCUCCUGAAGAGAUACAGAUGUUUGAGCAGGAAAAUCAGAGAUUGGUCAGUGAAAUGAGCAGUCUGGUGGAUGAAGUCAGGCAAAUAGAGGGGAAAGUGGUAGAGAUCUCUCGACUACAGGAAAUAUUUGCAGAGAAAGUUUUGCAACAGGAAACCGAGAUAGACAGUAUCCACCAACUUGUUGUUGGUGCCACUGAACAUGUAAAAGAAGGGAAUGAGGAUAUCCGAGAAGCUAUUAAAAACAAUGCUGGCUUCCGUGUUUGGAUCCUAUUCUUCUUGGUGAUGUGUUCCUUCUCACUCCUCUUCCUGGAUUGGUAUGACAGCUAAUUUUAUGUGUGCUUCUGAAGAACGACUCAUCCAAAUGUGCAUGCUAUCCAGUGCUAUAUAUUCUUACUGAGACAACCACAUGCUUGUAAAAUAAAUUUUUUUAAAGUAAA